CUUCCCCUAAAUGAGUGGUGCAUUCUGCAACAGCUUUCACAUGAGAAAGACUGUGAGACACACUGUGCGAAUGGAUUUAGGCUGGAGCCGAGCAGACCGCUUUCUAUGAAAAUACGCGAACUAAAUUGUCUCGUAAUGGAUUCAAACAGACAAGUUUGCAACUGGAUCUCUUAUACCGUGCUUCUUUUUGGAUACAUGACUGCGGCCGUACUUCCUGGAAAGAAUCCGACAAUUGGCUUCAGCCUUGAAUGUACGUACGACUUUGACCAGGUGAUGCAGUGUGAGCUGGAGCUGCAAAACUGCACUGAGUACAGCAUGACUCUCCAAGACGAGUAUGCCCGUGAGGAGAACUGCGCUGUACAGCAGUGUGGCAUUGGAAAGUGUUGUUGCUCCUUCAAACGGAUGCGUGUGUUAGGACAAGUUCUCAAAGCAAAAGUCUGGAAAGAUGGCAACAUCAUGGAGUCAAAAGCUAUCAGUGUCACGGAGAGCAUAAAACCAAAAACUCCAACAAUCAAAUCAGUCAAUGAACUCGAAGGGAAAUUUGAAGUCAUGUGGACGUCAAACAUGGAGGGAUUUAUAAACAAUGAAAUGACUGCUGUGGUGACUUACUAUAAAAAAGGAGAAACAGAAAAGACAUCUGGACCUUUCAAACCAGCCACAGUUGAUGGACUAAAUUACUAUGCAAUAAAAGGUCAAGACCUGGAUCCCAGUUCAGCAUAUGUGGUCAGCGUGAAAAGCUUCUUAAGUCUGAGUGGCAAGUUCAGUGACAGUAGCGAAGAGUGGGAAUUUCAAACUGUAAAACCAAAAACUCCAACAAUCAAAUCAGUCAAUGAACUCGAAGGGAAUUUUGAAGUCAUGUGGACGUCAAACAUGGAGGGAUUUAUAAACAAUGAAAUGACUGCUGUGGUGACUUACUAUAAAAAAGGAGAAACAGAAAAGACAUCUGGACCUUUCAAACCAGCCACAGUUGAUGGACUAAAUUACUAUGCAAUAAAAGGUCAAGACCUGGAUCCCAGUUCAGCAUAUGUGGUCAGCGUGAAAAGCUUCUUAAGUCUGAGUGGCAAGUUCAGUGACAGUAGCAAAGAGUGGGAAUUUCAAACUGCUCGCUCCCCACACUACCUGCCCGUGGUUAUCAUCAUCUGCCUCAGUAUUACUGCCGUCAUCUUAAGCGCUGUUAUGUGUCGCUGUUAUGUCAAGUUUAAAAAAAACUGGUGGGAUGUAGUUACCAAACCUCCAAAUCCAAGCUUUCUUAAUAUUUAUCCAAGCAAGGAACAGGUCUUAAAACCUGAGCCAUCCAUUACCUCCACUAUCUGCAUUGAGCCCCUUAUACCAGAUGACAGUAAACUGGGGUCGAAGAUGUCACUGACAGACACAAGCAGUGGAAGCCUUCAGCAAACCAGUGGGAUCAGCACGGGCUCCUCCGAUCUCAGUUAUGCGAAUGCCGAACCCCCUGAGACUAUGAACGAAGAACCUCCUAUCACUAAAGCUGUUCAUGAUGUGCUUUCUAAACUUUUCCUGAAUAUUAGCCCUAUAUCACCAGUGGCCACCAAUCCCCUUACACAAUUAAUGAAUAUGCAAAAAAGCGAUUUAUGCUCAGCUCCUUACAGUCCGUGUAGUGUCCAAGCUAAUGACACCAGUUCAGGAUCAUCUGUAUUUGAAAAUAAAACCUAUUCCCUCCUAAUCCCCGUCUCUGAACAUCAGGCCAUGACGGGCGACUUGGAGGCACAGGAGAAGGCUGAAAUGCUUUGUCUCCCCGAUUACCAUCCCAGUAAGAGCGACAUGGAAAUUUGUCCUCAUCAGCUGCUACCAUCUUGUCAAGUUCCUGCUCAGCAAGAUUCUGGUUCAUUUCUAAGGCAACCAAACAUGCCAUAUCAAUCCUACAAAGCAGAUUCUGGGACAUUUUCGUAUGAAGAAGACACCAGCUUGUCCUCUGUCUCUAGUGGGACUAACGCAUCUGAUUCUUGUGAAUUUUCAUCCAGAGCUGAGGCAGAGUUUGAGAGCUCUGAUGAGGUCAUGAGUGGUAAACCAAAGCUAGGUGAAGAGGUCACAAUUUGUGAUGAAAAUCCCUGUUAUGGUUGUGUGCCUAAAGGGUCAAACAGCUUUCUUGCAAUGGAUGAUGACUACCAGGCACUUCCAAGUCUGGAGAAGCAACCUGAUAUUUUGCUUUUAGAGCAAGGAAAUGGUGAGUACGAAAAAUUAUUCAAAAAGACUCCUCAAAGCAUCUUAAGUGAAGUCUUUCCAGGUUUUAUCCACAAUGUCCAGGGCGGGCAGCUCCAAAUACCUUUCCCCCCCUUAAUGUCUGUUGACCACUCUGUGCCAAUAAUUACAGAUGCUGGCUAUCAAGCUGUGUAGCACUGUGACUGUGACCUAUGGUUCAUUCUUGAACUUGGAAACGGUUUUAAAAUUGUAACUCAAGACCCAAUUAGUGUCUGUUUUUUGCACUGCAUGGGAUCUUUACACUGUAAGUCCUGCUUUUACAUAUAAAUGUAUACAUUUUCAAUAUAGAGCAUCCACAGGUAUUCAUUCUGAAAACAUUUCAACUGUAAAUACUUUCUUUCUGAAGUUUUUGAUUGAAAAUUGUGAAGUGUCCAUGAAACUUCCACAUAAAAUGACUGAUAUCAGAUAUCAACCAGUAUGCGCCUGUAGCCUUAAUAUUUUCAGUAUUUGUUUUCUACAAAGGAAUAGGCUAAACAGCUCCUAUCACAUCAUUUAUCUACAUUCCACAUCUGAUAUUGAACAAAGUGAAUUUUCUUUCUUCUUUUUGUUCAGUUUGGUUUGUGUUGCCGUUUGUUUUUAAAUGUCAUUCUGCAUUUCUUUUUGAAGACAGAUUCCUUAAAUGCAUAAAGGCUGAGAUAACUAAGCUGUAUCAAAUCUGUCUAAAAUGUCAACUCGGUAAUCCCCUUGAGCCAUUUUAGAGUUUUCAUUUAAAUCUCAGUUUAAAAAGAAUAGAAAAGAGAGACAAUUUGCCCAUUAAGUCUAAACCUUUUAAGUAGGAAUUACAUUGGAAAUGGCUGCACUCUCUGACUAAAACAAGCCGCAACACUUAUCUGCCCUUCAGGGCUGCUGUUCAGAGUUAUGAAAUUACUUCCUCAUUGCUCUUCUUUGGAACUGUUGAUCUGUUUCCACAGAAGCACACGUCAUCGCCUUCAGCAUGUUGUAGUUGUCAAAAUAAAAACAUAGUUACUUUUUAAUAUAUGCAACUGAAAGAAACAACUUUAUUCUGUAUUUGGGUGAUGUGAAUCUUAAUAAUUUUCUGUUGUAUAAAAAAGUUCAAAUAAAUGUGAAUACUUCUGA